AUGGCCACAACAAGCCGGCCGCCUUCGCCCAGCAAUCUUCCUCCCGUGCCAGCUUCUCCUACAUAUUCAUAUGCCAGCACUGCAAAUCCUAUACCUAGUUCCUUCAACCUCCCUCUGCCACCACCUCCUCGACCACCCCACGCCGUCCUCAACAAAUCCGACCUCGAAGCUUCUCAAAUCGCAUACGCAGACCUUCUCACCACCGCAAAGUCCUACCGAUUGGCUCUAGCUGCUCUAUCAAUUGCUGCCUCUACAUUUGGCUCCGCACUGGAAGCAUGCGCGCGAUUGAAAGAAGCAAGAUCAGAAUCCAUGCCUCCAUCUGGAGUGGAUAGCAUGACGAACUCCUUUGCCGCGAAAGGAGUCUGUACGGCGGAUAACUUGCUGGCAGCAAGCGGUGUACAUCAGUUGAUAGCGAAUCAUCAGCAAAUAUUGAGUGAGACUGUGUAUAGGAGUUUCGAGGUUCCGUUGCUGCAUGAACUAGAUCAGUGGCAGAGGAGGAUGGAGGAGGAGGAGGAUGCGUAUCAGAGAGAGGCGAAGGCGAUGAGUAAGGAAAUUCGGAAGAUGGAGAAGGAGGGGCUGAGGUUGCAUAAGCAGAGGAAGAGGGAUGUGAGCAAGUUCCGAGAACACCUGGUCCAGCUGACGGGCAAAUUGGAUGCUCUGACAGGACUGAGCGGUGGACACAGUUUGGGACUCUUAAGGGAUUGUCAGGAAAUGAGUCAAGGGAUCGUGGAAUGUAGUGCGGGGCUGGUAAGAGCAGAAGUGGAUAUAUUCGAAGCUUUGGCUAGGAAAGGAUGGAACGGGGGUGGAUUGGAUGAACUUUUGGAAAAAGGAAGAGAUCUUUUUGCGAGCGAUGAUCUUGGUGCUGCAGACGCACAUCCGAACCAUGGAGCCAAGAUUUUCAGCAUCUUGCCUCAGAAUAGGAGUAUUCUUGCUGGCGAUACGGGCGAAGGCUUGCAACCUAAGUUGACACAUCACAGUAGGAGUGAUAGCUUGCUUGUGGAUGGGAUGCCAUAUCAGAGUCUUGCGGGAGCUGUAUCUGGACCACGAGAUACGGAUGUCAUGAGCAUGUUUUCUGAAAGGGAUGUUCCAAGAAUCUCGGAAGAGGAGGAAGCGGAAGAUAAAGAUCCAGAUGGCGGCCUAGAAUCAACUUCUGCGCAAACGAUUGUACCGAUAGAAGUCACAGCAACUGAAGAUACGACCGCUGUAGAGGAAGAAGACGGUGAGGCUGCAAAGCCCGAAGAUAGGACAGAGAGCGAACAAGGUGGAAGUGAAAGGAGAGAAAGGCGUUGGAGUGUAACGGAUGAUGGCGUUGUGUCUGAUUAGCGUGUAUUCGGCUUUCAAUACCCCUGAGCUACUUUACUCUUCAACUACUUAAUUUAAAUGUUUAUAUGUUUUCUGAACGAUGAACACAAGGCACAAAC